ACAAAAAGUCACCACUCACCAAUCCACUCCAUAGCCGCUUUACCUUUUCACCGCAACCGGACCAAAAUGGAAGUCUUCACCGGCGACCACGGCCUCCCAAACGACGUCGUUCUCUUCUCCGACACCCACUUCUCUCCUUUCACUCUUCCAACCACCGACACCUUCUCCGAUCACCACAAAAUCUCACCCGACCACGACCAUUUUCCGCCCCUGCAGCCGCCGCCGCAAAAGCUCCGGCCGAUUAGGUGCCACGUCCGCAGCUUCUCCGACCGGUGCACGUUAGCUGAUCCCGUUGAUGUUAAGACGCUGAGCUGGCAGCCGGAAGGUGGUGGUCUUGCUGUUCCCAUAAAUUGUGAGGACUUAGGGUUACCGGUGAAUGAUGGUCAAAUUGAGGCUGUGUUAAGCCCUUCUUCAUCUGAGGAAACCGGCAAAUUGCAAGAACCAGUCGAGGAGUCCGUAAACAAGAAAAAGAGGAAGAGAAAAUCAAGGAGGAAGAUGGAGUUGUUUGUCGAAAGCAUGAUGAGAACAGUAAUCCAAAAACAGGAAGAAAUGCAUAAACAGUUGAUCGAGAUGUUGGAACAGAAAGAAAAAGAAAGCAUCAUGCGCGAACAAGCAUGGAAGAAACAAGAGAUCGCUAGAGCAAAGAGGGACGAACACGCUAGAAAACAACACAUAUCGCAAAGCCUCGCUCUCAUUUCUUUCAUCAAAAACACAUUGGGCCAAGAGAUCCAAAUCCCAGAUUCUCUCGACAUACAAGUUGAUAAUCAGAAUCAUCAAAGUCAAGAAAAGUCAACGUAUGAUGAUAUAGAAAUGCAUAACGUUGACGAAUAUGAGACGGACACGAAUACCAAAAGAUGGCCGAAAUCUGAAGUGCAAGCGCUUAUAACAGUUAGAGUUGCUCUGAAUCAGAAGUUUAACGGGAAGAUACCGAAAGCGUCUAUUUGGGACGAAGUUGCUGCUGGUUUAUCCAGUAUGGGUUAUAACCGGACCCCGAAAAAGUGCAAAGAGAAAUGGGAAAACAUCAACAAGUAUUACAGAAGAACGAUGGAGAAGGGGAAGGAUAGUAAAUCAUGCGCGUAUUUCAGUGAGUUGGAAAUGUUGCAUAAAACCGGCUUUAUCUCGUCAACUUCGCAUGAUGAAGAUCACAGCAUCAAGGUUGUUUCGUCAAAUUCUCAUGACGAGGAUCAAAGCAUUAAGGUUGUUUCAUCAAACUCUCAUGAUGAGGGUCAAAGCAUGAAGGUUAUUUCAUCGGACUCUCUUGAUGAGGAUCAAAGCAUGAAGGUUAUGUCAUCAAACUCUCUUGAUGAGGAUCAAAGGAUCAAGGUCUUGCACUAGAAUUCAAAUAUUGAGACGGGUUUGCGAUUAUGUUCUUAUGACUGUAUCAAAUUUUGUCCAAGUGUAGACUUGAUGAACUUAUUUUGUUGUAUCGUUGUCAUAGAAGUAGAAGAAAUGUUGUUCAAUUUGAAAUCUCAUGGCAGAUUUCCUUUAGUUUUAAUAGACUUUUGACUUUGUGAAAUUAAAUGCUCAAAACACCAUAACGUAAUGGUAAAGUUAUAGUUU